AUGUCUGGAGAGUACAUCACCGCUAUGCCUUUGCAGAAGAAGCCUUUUGUAAAAAUCUCAUAUUAUGACUACCUUAUGUGGAUCCAAGCAAUUGAUGCAGAAAAGCUGACCAAGUGGGAAAUCCUGCGCUUCAAGAUGAUGCAUGAAAGAUAUGCAUUUGGGAGAACACUUCUUCAAGUGCCGGUCAUUGGGCUUUCUUAUCUCUGUGGACAACUUGUCAUGGGUCCUGCGAUCAGAAGAGGGGAAGCUGGAUUGAGAGAAGCCAUGGUCUUUUCAACUUUCUUCUAUUUACUUAUCCAUCAUUGGGUUGAUAAUCGCCAAGUACCAGAUAAGUAUCUAGACCAGAUUCUCACUCAAAAAUCUCCACAAGGCGACUAUAUCAGAGCUGCAACUCAAGAAGAAUUCCCUGGUCUUUGGGAGGAUUUCUGUGAUCAGCUAGACGAAAAGGGAGAUUAA